AUGAAUGUGCAGCUCAUUUCUGCGGAAGGUGACGUGUUCACCGUAGAGCGCCACGUAAUCUCGCUCAGCGUCGUCCUGAACAACACGCUUCAAGAUUACGAUGACAGCAGCGAGCUGGAGCCCAUACAGCUGCCAGAAAUCAGCACGCGUAUCCUGGGCAAGAUCAUCGACUACUGCCGCUACCACUGGGACAACCCGGCGAAGCCUAUACCGAAGCCACUUAAAUCAGCACGUCUGAUUGAGUUCGUCUGCCCCUGGGACUGCGAGUUCGUCAACGUGGACAAGGAGACGCUUUUUGAGCUGAUAAUGGCGGAAAACUUUCUGGACAUCAAACCGCUGCUCGACCUUGUCUGCGCCAAGCUGGCUUCCAUGAUCAAGGGCAAGUCGGUACAAGAUAUCAGGGACGAAUUCAACAUUGUUAACGACUUCACUCCUGAAGAGGAGGCCAGGAGAUGCUGCGGCGUCGGACGUUGCAUGCCCGCCGACAGACACAGUGAACGAAGCGACGGUUGGGACCACUACCAGAUGGUCAUGCGUAUCAUCGGCGAAAAAUAUGUCGCUAUAGCCGAUGCGAUGUCGUUUGCUGUGACGAUUAGGGAAGAGAACAAGUGGUGCGCUGAGUUAUGA